AUGCCCUGCGAAUCGGGUUGCUGUGGUCCGCCUAAGGAUCCAGCCCCGACCCCCGCACCAGCUGCCCUCCCUGGGACGAACACUAGUCUCACCGUUGCAGAGGAACGGAUUGCAGAGGGCGAUGGCAAAGACAGCAUCGAAGACGUUGAAGAUUUGAGAGAUGGAGACGGCAACCAAGGCUGCUGCGGCUCUGCGACCGACAAGCCAACCUUGAGCCGUGAAGUCAAUCCCACGGAUCUCAGUGAGAGCUGCCAGGAUCAGUGUUGCUCUUCAACCGCUGCUGAUGAAGAUAGCUUCGGUGCCGAGCAAUCGAAUGUCGCAGACGAUUGUAAGGACGGUUGCUGUGGCACUGUCAACAUGGAACGAAGCGAUAAAGGGAAAAGCGUUAGCUCUGCGGCUGCCAAAGUGGUCAACUCUUGCUGCGAUUCCAACACUGCAACUGAAGACAACUGCAAGAAGAAAUGUUGCGGCAACAACACCAUAAAAAACACCAUCAAAAACACCAACGUUGCCUCCGAUGACGAGUUCACACUGAAAGAUGAUUGUAAGAAGGGUUGUUGCGGUGAUUCCGUCAAAAAUGCAAGCGAGAUUGUCGAUGUUGUUGGCAACAACCCGAGCAAGCCAGACGAAAGCUGUGGUCCAAAGGUCAAUGCCGAAGAGAAAUACAACAAGGGAUGCUGCGAGACAGUCCAGGAGAGCAAGCCCGUUCAGACAAGCGGCACUUUGACUGCUAUCGAGCAUGACUGCUGCGCUCCGGUUGCCAAGGUUGAAGAGAAUUGCAAGAAGGGAUGCUGCUCCUCUCCAGUUCCAAAACCUCAGGAAGAGAAGGUUCCCAGCUGCUGUGAAGGCAAGACUUCUCCUUGCUGCGACUCGACUUGCAUUGAUCGUCUCGCUCUACGCGAGUGUACCAGCGGCAAGCGUUCCAACAGAAAAGCUCGAUCAGGAGCGGAAGGGUGCACUGGUGGAAAAGACGGGAAGCCAUGCCGUGGCCACGCCCGUACCGUUCGCGAGACCUAUCAGGCAAAGCUUGAAGCCUUGGGCUGCAUCUGCCGCGCCCUCCUCGCUCUCGGUCAAGAAUCGUGCUGCGCGCCUCGCGAUCUUGGUUCUUGUGCGGAUUCUUGUUGUGGCGAUGAGGAUCCGCCUGCCGCUUCCCAACCUCUCUGCAAGUCUGGUGCAAACAUCACCAACGAUAACGACCUUGAGAGGGGCGUGUCUGGAACAGAGCAUGUCGUUCUUAGUAUCUCGGGCAUGACAUGCACGGGUUGCGAGACCAAACUCAAGAGAACGCUUACCACCUUGGACGCAAUCAAAAAUCUCAAGACUAGUCUUGUUCUUGCGCGUGCAGAGUUCGAUCUAGACGUCGGAGUUGGCUCGGCGGACGAUGUCAUCAAGCAUCUCGAACGGACGACGGAGUUCAAAUGCGAGAAGAUCACGAGCCAGGGGGCCAGCAUCGACCUCCUAUCUUCUGGCCGGCCAGAGAAUUUGAUCAGCCAGCCAUGGCCGGCGGGCGUCACAGACAUACGUGUUGUUGAUAGCAAGACUGUUCACGUUGAGUUUGAUGCAGAGGUUGUUGGGGCUCGAGACCUGGUUGAAAAAGGUUGGAGCAGUCCCAUGGAACUUGCGCCCCCUCGAGCCGACCCGACACUUGAAGCGGGCGGCAAGCAUGUUCGCCAUGUUGGGAUGAUGACUUUGCUCUCUAUCAUCCUGACUGUUCCGGUUCUCGUGAUGGCUUGGGCACCUUUGCCGGAUAAUGAGGUUGCUUAUGGUUCAGCUUCUUUGGCAUUGGCAACUAUUGUUCAGAUUGCUAUUGCUGGACCAUUCUAUCCUACAGCACUCAAGAGCUUGAUCUUCUCCAGAAUGAUUGAGAUGGACCUGCUCAUUGUACUGAGUACUAGCGCCGCCUACAUCUUCUCAGUGGUGUCGUUUGGUUAUCUAGUCUCUCACAAGCCUCUGUCGACCGGGGAGUUCUUUGAGACGAGCACACUCCUCGUCACUCUCAUUAUGGUUGGCAGAUACGUUGGUGCGCUGGCUCGUCAGAAGGCCGUUGAGUCCAUUUCCAUCCGAUCUCUGCAGGUGUCCACAGCGACAAUCAUCGACACCUCGGGCCAGGAAAAGGAAAUUGACUCUCGGCUGCUUCAGUAUGGAGACACUUUUCGAGUUGCUCCCGAGUCUCGCAUUCCAACCGACGGCACAGUCAUAUCUGGUUCGUCUGAGCUAGACGAGUCUAUGGUCACGGGCGAAUCAAGAGUAAUCGAGAAAUAUGUAGGCUCUUCUGUCAUUGCAGGCUCGAUCAAUGGCUCUGGGACCCUCAAGAUACGCCUAACUCGUCUGCCCGAAGACAACACGAUCAGCAACAUCGCCGGGAUGGUUGACGAAGCCAAGCUGUCCAAGCCUAAAAUACAGGAUAUAGCAGAUCGUGUUGCGUCAUACUUCGUCCCAGUUGUAGUCACAUUGACGAUAAUUACAUUUGCCGUAUGGAUUGCCGUUGGAGUCGCUGUCCGCAAACAGUCCGGCUCCCAAGCAACGAUCCAGGCAGUCACGUACGCAAUCACCGUCCUCAUCGUAUCAUGUCCAUGCGCUAUUGGACUUGCAGUUCCUAUGGUGAUCGUCAUCGCCAGUGGAGUCGCUGCGGAAAAGGGCGUCAUCUUCAAGUCGGCCAACAGCAUCGAGGUCGCUUACAAGACCUCGCAUGUAGUUUUCGACAAGACAGGGACACUGACCCGUGGGGAAUUAAGCGUGUCUAAAGAAUCGUACGUUACUGGCGAUCCAGAAGCGACGCAAUCCUUGCUUCUUGGCCUUGUUGGUAGCAUCAAGCAUCCCGUAUCCGCAGCGGUUGCCGCCCACCUAAAGGCGAAUGGUAUAUUGCCAGCGCCGGUAUCCGAUUCCAAGACUUUGACGGGUAAGGGUGUCGAGGGAACCAUCUCUGGUCGCAAGCUCCGCGCUGGCAACUCGCGAUGGCUGGGUCUAUCGUCCGAUCCUGCUGUCGAGUCCUUCUUGUCGCAAGGAUACACCGUCUUCUGCUUCACGGUCGACGGGACGUUGGUUGCAUUGUUUGCGCUAGAGGACUCGGUGCGGCCCGAGGCUUUCGCAACCGUGUCCAAGCUGCAGGCCUCCAACGUCUCGGUCCACAUCCUUUCGGGCGACGAUGACGGAGCGGUCCAGGCGGUUGCUUCUCAACUCAACAUACCCGAGGCUAAUGUGCGCUCGCGAUGCAACCCCGCAGACAAACAGGACUACAUUCAGCAGCUCUUAGCCACACCCUCCACCCGUGUGUCCAAAUCGGGAAAGAAGCCGAAGAAGCCCGUCGUGAUGUUCUGCGGAGAUGGCACUAACGAUGCCGUUGCACUGGCCCAGGCUACCAUUGGCGUCCACAUGAACGCGGGCACUGACGUGGCUAGAUCUGCUGCCGAUGUUGUCCUGAUGCGACCCAGCCUGACCGGUAUCCUCACCGCCAUCGCGGUGAGCAGAAAGGCCAUCCAUCGGAUUGCAUUCAACUUUGGCUGGAGCUUCGUCUACAACUUGUUUGCCAUCCUCCUCGGCUCAGGGGCUUUCGUCAACGCCCGCAUCCCACCGGAGUUUGCUGGCCUCGGCGAACUUGCCUCCGUCUUACCUGUCAUCGCCGCUGCGGUGCUGUUGCGUUGGAGUAAAUUGUAA